AUGACUUAUACCAUAUCGGAGAGUCUAUACGGGAGUUUACGGCGGGCCAUGUAUGUGGGCUGUAGUAUAGCCAUACUCACCAAUAGUACUACCAGAGGUAUAACCAUAUUUUUCGGUAUGUUAUCUAUAUUACUGGAACUGAUGGGAAUUUUGGGCGCCUAUAAGGAGGCCUAUUUGCUGUGUAUAACAUAUACCGUCAAGAGGUGUAACCAAGAUAACACUGUUUCUAACCAUUCAUUGCCGAAUCAACUCAAUUAUGGGGAUCAAAUGCCAUCCCCUGGACACGUGCCUAACUAUGAACCACCAGUGCAGGGAAUGACACCCAAUGGUAUACAACGACCGCCCAGUUAUGAGGAAUCCGUGAGUAAUACCGCCAGCACAACAUUCCUAUUGAUUAUGAAGCGCAUCCUCAAUCUCCUCGUAGUCCAGUGUCUCGAAGUUCUCCAGUUCUAUAACCUUCAGGUGCGGACAGCCCUCCAACAGGUCGUACACGCAAUCAUCGACAAUCUGUUUGGGUAUAUAAGUGGCCAGGUACAAUUCCCUCAGACCAUGUAA